CGUACAGCGAUGCAGGCGGGCUUCUCCGCGUCCAUCCACCGUCGCCUACUAUCUCUCAAACUGCAUCGAUGUGCGUUCCGAGGUGAGCAGCCCUAGCGGAUCAAAACAAAAACGUGCUGCCUGUUUACUUCUGAGAACAUACACACAACGCCCAGCUAACGGGAGGCAGUAAAUCAAGCACAUCUUACUUACGGAAAAAGGGACGGAGGAGACAAGUUCACAACAAACAACAGCUGGUGAAUGUUGGCUACGCAAAAGUGCGCAGUUGAUAAGGAGUGUAACAACAAGUGUCGUAGAAUGUCAAUGAGAUUGUAGGUUUGUGGUUAGAAAGGUUAAGAAAGUGUGUCAACUAAACAACGAAUAACGGGAAGUUUCUGCUGAAUGUACUGGAAGGUGGAGGUUCAGGAAGUAGCGAAACUGCGAGCUCGCAAAUCUGUCAAUGCCAAUGUCGUAGCCUACUGUCCAAGAAGAAGAAACUAUACAGUUCUGUGCGUAUCGGGUUCAACCUGUUGACCGCUCUUCACGGUGGUCUUCAAAAGAAGGCAUUUACGAAGUUCAGUCACGGUGGCGUCGUAGAACCACAACAAGGAGAGUGUCGGGCGCGUCUCUCGCUGCGCUAUUCCGUCUGUGAUUUGGCGAUAAACAUCGCGAUCGGGCACAAACAAAGAAGACGCACAUGGAGACUUGCGGGCUCUCGCGCUGCACGUUCGGACGGAAAAAGUCAGGAAGCCUCGGUCAGUACAGCUGAGCGGCUCAACCAGUCCGGACGUCGUGUCGUAGCGCGCGGUCAAGCUGCCAAAGAAGAAAGCAAAGGCUUGUGAGUCACUUUUUUUUGCCUUGUAGAAUAUACACGAGGAACGAGACAGGAGACAAAGCAGAGCAGAAGUGAAGUCGCGAAGCAAUUACGGUGCAAUUAUUCUCGCGGUAGUGAGAGGAAGGCUAGUAGUUACCCGAAGUGUUCUGACGAACGAAACGUGCUCAAAGUGUGUGUGUGUGUGUUCAUCUCAACAACUUAAGGCGUCAAGGAGUUGGAACGAAACUCGCAACAACAACCUGCUGAGCUGACAAGUGGAGCAAAUCUGCACAACCUUCUAGAAGAACGAACUUGAAGGCGCAAGCUACACGUGUUGGAACAACUUUUUUUGCAAGUUAUAAAUAGUGUCACGUACACUUUGACCUGCAUCUAGCGCAACGUGGACCUGUUAUCAACCUUUUGCUGUAGGGCAGGGCAGGGCGAAAGUCUCCCCACUUUUUUUAGAUCGCUAUCUAAUCGCCCACCGCCUCGCAUCGCCGCCUAGAAUCCUAAUCGUGGAUGAUAGCUAAGGCGGCUGCCGGUCAAGUCCGGUUCGGCACCACCAGCAUCAACGCCCAGAACACCGCCAGAUGACGAAACGAACGAACCGGACCUGGGUCGCCGUAACGUGGUUGGCGAUCCUCCUAGCAGAUGGCGCCAUCACGACGGCGGAGGCGGCCUACCGACUUGGGGUAGGCCGGGCAGACUGCACGGGACCUCCGGUGGAGAUUGGCUUCAUGGGCUACGCCGAGUUCUCCCAGCGCGGUCACGGCAUCCACCUGCGCCAGUUCUCGCGGGCGUUCAUCGCGGAGGACGAGCUGGGCGAACGGGUCGUGUUUGUGAGCGCCGAUGCCGGCAUGAUGGGCCACGCCGUCAAGCGAGACGUGAUCGACCUGCUGCAGCAAAAGUACGGCGACGUGUACCGGAUGGAGAACGUGGUUCUGAGUGGAACCCAUAGCCAUAGCGUUCCGUCGGGGUUUCUGAUGUCGUUUCUGUACGACAUUGCCUCGCUGGGCUUCGUGCCGCAGAACUUCAACGCACUGGUUGAGGGGAUCACGUUGAGCAUUGUCCGGGCGCACGAGAGUAUGAGGGCGGGACGGUUGUACGUGUCGGAGACUGAGGUGCAGGAAGCGAGCAUCAACAGGAGUCCGAGCGCGUACGAGAACAACCCGAAGAAGGAGCGGGCCCAGUACCGGGACUACACGGACAAGAAGUUGGUACAGCUGCGCUUUGUGGACGCAGCGGAUGGUAGGAUUAUGGGAGCGAUCAACUGGUUCGCUGUUCAUCCGACGUCGAUGAACAAAACGAACUGCUACCUGUCGAGUGACAACGUGGGCUACGCCUCGUUGCUGCUGGAGCAGGAGAUGAAUCCGGGAAGUCUUCCAGGGCGGGGGGAGUUUGUGGGGGCGGUCGCCUCUUCCAACUUGGGUGACGUAUCGCCCAACGUGAUGGGACCCAAGUGCGAGAAGACGGGACUGCCGUGCGAUCUGCUGACUUCGUCGUGUCCCAGCGGAGCGGGUCUGUGCAUAGCUUCGGGGCCUGGCCGGGACAUGUUCGACAGUGCCAAGCUGAUCGGUGGGAGGAUCUUUGCGGCGGCUAAGAAAUUGCUGAAAUCACCGGAUGGUCGCGAGUUACGGGGUCACGUAUCGUACGCUCACCAAUUCGUGGACAUGACGCAGGCCGUCGUGCCGUACCACAAUCUAACGACCGACGAAUGGCACGAAGUUCGCGGCUGUUACCCUGCCAUGGGGUACAGCUUCGCGGCAGGAACAACGGACGGACCGGGGGCGUUUGACUUCCGUCAAGCUAUGCUGACCGAUACGACCUUCUGGAAUACGGCGCGAGACUUUAUAGCGGUACCGACGGAGGAUGACAAGGAGUGCCAUGCGCCCAAACCGAUCCUGCUGGCCACCGGUCGUACGACGUUCUCGUACGAGGCGCAGCCGAAGAUAGUUCCAGUGCAGGUUUUGGUCCUCGAAGACCUGGCGAUCGCGGCUGUUCCAGCCGAGUUCACGACCAUGUCCGGCCGACGGCUCAGGAAAGCCAUCGAAGACGCUUCGAUGGAAGCCGGUGGGAAGAAGGUACAGGUGGUGAUCGCUGGACUGUCCAACAUGUACACCAGCUACGUGGCAACUCCGGAAGAGUACGCUAUCCAGCGGUACGAGGGAGCGUCAACGCUGUACGGACCGCACACGCUGACGAUCUACCUGCACCACUUCAGCGCGCUGAUGAAGGCGAUCACUGACGGAGUCAAGGUCGAGGAAGGCCCCUCACCCCCCUUUGAAGACUACAAGCAAAUCACGCUCUCAACGGGGGUCGUGUUCGAUGGGCACCCCUUCCGGAUGUACUUUGGCGAUGUCCAGGAGCAACCGCAGGAGUCCUACCACAAGGGAGAUCUCGUGCGAGCUUCCUUCGUCGCUGGCAACCCGCGGAACAACCUCAUGCACGAGAAGACGUACUUCACGGUGGAGAAGCUGGUCGCACCAGACAGCUGGAAGGUCGUGGCCACGGACGCCAACUGGGAAACGCGGUUCCGCUGGAUCCGGAAGUCGACGCUGUUCGCGUACAGCGACAUCGAGUUCGACUGGCAAACCGACGAACAGACUGAACAGGGAACGUACAGGAUACAGCAUUUCGGUUAUUGGCGGUAUAUUUUAGGCGGAACGUACCCGUACAAUGGUACUACAAGGAAUUUUAGCAUUUUGUAAGCAUUUAUUUUUAAGGAAGCUUAAAAAAAUAUCAAGAGUAUUGUUUGUAUUAUUAAGAAAAUAUCAAAAUACACAACCAGCGCUAGUCAAUCUUUCAAA